AUGAGUAUUAAUUCUAACAGUAAUAAAUAGUAUACAAAAUUUUCCAAAGCAGAUGGAGGAUAUUAUGAUAUUUAUAGAUAGAUUAAUAAAAAUUUAUACGAAAAAUAUUCUUCAAGCUAAAAUUAUUACUAUACUCGUGAAGUCAACGAAAUUCUUUUCAGAUAGGAAAAUACCAGAAGCUGGAUUCGCUACAAAGAUUUUUGUCAGUUUGAUGAUGAUACAGAAUAAUAUUUCCAAGAGUUCUACAAAAUUGUGCUUUACGAUAAAAAAAUAACCUAUCUAACAGAAUAUUAUAAAUUCCACAAUGACAUUCCUCGCAUGUUUAUGGAACCCCUUUGUCACAUUAUGAAUUACUAUCACGAUAAGUAGCGUAAAAUAAAAUAUGUAAAAAUUACACGUAUGCUGCAAAUGCAACAACAACAAUAGUAGUAGAAAAAUUAAUAAAAUUUAAAUUAGCAGUAAUUGGAAAAUGGUUGUGCUGAAGAUAAGGUGUAAACUUGA